ACAACUUCCGGUGGGAACAUUCGUCUAACGUGAAUAACCUGUUUCACCCUUGUCUUUCAGCUCUUGAAUUAACAUUGUACGUAUGGAUUCAGUGUAUAUGAUAUGAUUAUAGUCACAUUUGUGAGUUUAUUUCGUAGAUAUUACUUAGGCUUGAUCCAUACGCGUGUUUUUGAGUUUGGGGUUGGAGGGGGGCUGUAACCUUGGCGUGCAUGCCUGUAAUAUCAGUACUACUGUAGAAGAAGUGGAUAAUAACCCUGCCCCAAAGAAAACAUGUCAGGGGUCUGUCGCAGUUUGAGCUCCUUAUCGACCAAGAUACUAACAGUAGCUGCACCUUCAUCUUGCCCGUGGUUUGUGUCUACACGCAGUAAGUUUUCCAAAGCAAGAAUCCCAAAAGAGCUUUUUGCUGAGAGAUCAAAAGAACAUGAAAAAUAUGGAGGGGAUCCAGACCAACCUCAUAAACUGCACAUAGUGACUCGAGUCAAAAGUGUGAUGCGAAGACCGUACUGGGAGAAAGAGAUGGUGAAAAACCUGGGGCUUGAAAAGGCUCAUGUUCCUGUAAUUCACAAAAACACACCUGCAGUCAAUAACCAAUUGAAAUUUGUCAAGCACCUGGUGAGGAUCCAGCCUCUGAAGACUCCCUAUGGACUCCCUGCUGAGCACGACAUGGCCGACACCUACAUUAACAGCAACGGAGAGCUGAUUGUCCGUCGCCUCCUCCAACCUGUAGAACCUAAGGCUAUCGAAUCUUAGCUUCACUGUCAGAAAUGAAUAAUUCAGUUGUACAUAUAUAUCAUGGAGAAAAGCCUGUGCUCCAUCAUCUGUCAGUUCUGAUUCCACUACUUGGAGGUAGCUGUAUGCAGUGUGUUUUGACUUACUGGACUUAAGACUUCAGAUUAAUAGGAGCAUUGUUGUCAUCAAACUCUUAUCAGACAUCCCUCAGCAAACUAGGGAUCUCUCAUGAAGCAGGAAUAUCAAGAUUACCAUAUUGUCUGAAUAAUUUUGAGUAAAAACCUUCUGUGUUGCAGGUUUCAAUAGGUUCAUAUAUGCAGCUCUUACAUCUGUAUAAUUGCAAUCUGUUUUCAGGUGAUGGCUUGGAUUCUUUAUCAAACACAACUUAUAAAAAUUCAAAUUAAAUACGUUUUGAAAUGAAAUACAGCUU